CCCUGCUCGCAUCAUUUUUCAUUUCUGUUUCGAUGAAUGAUGAUUAUUGUUUUGAUCCAUCCUUUUCAUUACAUUCGAAGCUGCGACGUUAUAUUCGUACCGGUGUUUGAACUCGAACACGUACUCCCACUCGCAACGAAAUCGACCGCCGGAUCCGAACACCUUUCAGUAUUGUCCCACGAAUGAUAUCUCAGCAAUGAGCGAAGCCGGGCCGGAUCAAACCAACACGGGGGACCUCCGCAAGGCGCUCCAGCACGCUGUUUGCCAGAUCGUUUGGGACCAGGAUCGRCAGGACGGGGCCAGGACCGCCCCGAGUGCCAUUGCGGCCCUGACUGAGCUCACCUUCCAGUACGCKACKAAGUCGCUUAUCCCCGAUCUCUACGCCUUUUCGACGCACGGAAAUCGAAAGUCGACCAUUUCUCCAGACGACGUCGCAYUGGCACUSAGAAAGCUGGGSCCCGAUCGCCUGGAAAGCUUCAAGAGUGAGUUCUGUAGCAACAACGGAAGCAAAAAGCUUCCCRCUAGAGACACAAACGCAUCGGCAGCCGCCAAACUCGGAAAAAAARACAWCUUGAAAAGAUCAGCAGCGAUUUCCGGACAUGGACAGGACGAACGUCGACGGAAGAGAAACGAGACCGAUGUUUUGUCCUUGGGCUCGUCGUCUUCCUCCUCCUCGGACGAAGAAACCUACGGCCAUCCGAGUCACAGAAACAAAAAUCGCAAGCGAAGGUCAGUCUGUAAUACUACCUCYGGUGCAUUUGCUACUGGUCGGACCCAUUUUGCUGGUUCGUCUCCUUUGCAUAAUAAGCAAACGAGCGCUGCGGCUACUUCUACUAACAAUACUAAUCACAGUACAAUGAGUAGAACGAGCAACCAAAGAGAAUCCCUGUUGAACAAGUUCCGAAUACCAGUAUCCACUCGCAAUAAAAAAUGUAGCAACAAGAAUUUAGAGCAAGAGGAUUCAUCUUCAAGCGAUUGCAACGAUAUCGGGAGGUUACCCAUGAAACCACUUGUCACUACUGCAACGAGGAAGUCUUCAGUAGCAGCUAAAUCAGAUCUGCAAACCGAUUCCUCUCCGAUGCUUUCCUUGAAACGAAUACAAAACAGACAGCAAAGCAAAGYRAAGUCAACAUCAUCUACUCAUUAUGGGCGAAACGAUCCCUUGUUACUAGACGAUGACAGUGACUCUACAGAAGACGAGGAUGAAUACCCAAAUAAAAAGUUAACGAUGCCCAAAUCUGUGCACACCAACACCGUCAGCCAUCAGACACACCAAAAGAAACAGCUUGAAAUUGAGGCUGACGACGACGAUAURUCGGAAAGAUACGAGUUUGAUUAUUCAGCCGGUCAGGGAGGAAAUGCACGGCGUCAAAGUAGUACUGAUGACARCAAUACCAACAGGGAAAGCGAUGGGGCAAAACCGCAAUCGCAAGUUGCGGAARCCUUGGCCAAUCUAUCUUCCGAUUCUGGGAUGGACGACAACGGCAGCGAAAACGAGACCGAAGACGAAYUACGCGUUGGUUUCAAAAAGAGUGCAUCCGGYAGCCGGAACCAUCCGGUCAUCGAAAGUGAUGACGAGGACGACUAGAAUUGUAUUUUCAUUGGUGUCUGUAGUGUUACAACAUACGA